AUGGCGUCCAAUGUCCCGCCCUCGCCCGGCACCAACGGCCCAUACACGGCCCUCCCAUCGAACACCGCGAGCGCUGGAGGCGGAGUCAUGCCCUCCGCCGGCCAUUUCGCAGACAUGCAAGCCCUCAUGCAGAACCUGGAUGUUUUGAGCGGGUGGCUACAACAAAAUCGCGAAGACUUCGAGGGCUUGAGGGAGGGUCUGCGUUGGGUAGAAGGGAUGGGCGGGCUCCCGCCCACAGCGCCCCAAGCGCAGCAGCAUCUGGAGAAUGGCGUGCAGAGCGAAGACCAGGACCAAUCACACACCAUUGCUCAACUCCGCUCCGAGCUCAACGCCUCCCAGCAACGAAUAGCCUCUCUCGAAAGCACACUUGUCUCCUUCCAAAGCCUCCACAACCUCUUCAAUUCCACCCUGUCGGACACCAUGCGUCUCGUUCGCAACUACACCUACACACAGCAAACGUAUAUCACAGACCUGCACAGACAUUACACGAAACUAUUGCAAGAUGCGCGGUACGAGACACUAGAAGCGCAAUUGAUCCACCAAAAAUGGCAAGAGGGACUGAGCAAAGUGAGCGAAACGUGUCGGGAAGCGGUGCGGGCAAGGGAGAAAGAGGCCGAUGAAGGUGGAUGGAGGGCGGAGGUGAAGGGUCUAAGACUGGAAAAUCGGCUGUUGAGGAGGAAGGUUGGGUGGGAGAUUCGGCCUGACAGUGAUGAAGAGGCGGAAGAGGACGGAGGUGAAGAGGAGGAGGGGAGAGGCAGUCGGGGCAGUUUGGGUCUGCAUCGUACUGGACCAUUGGUCAUUUGA